UUAUAUUCAUUGUCUCCAGAACAGAAGCACAACGGGAGAAUUUUAAAUAAAAUUGGGUGGGGGAGCUGGUAGACGUUGACAGCAAGAAUUAACACAUGAUAUUUGUCGGUAUCAAGCUUUCAUUAUGGACGCGGGACUCAAUCAGCAACACAGCUCUAUUACUUGCAGCCGGAGGCGUCCCCUCACUGCAGCAACUUCCUAGCCAAUGACGGGGAAGAGCUGGGCGUAGCCUCGUGAGCCAAGCUACUCGUGGUUGGUCGGUGUAGUUACGGGCGUGGCUUAGGCGGGGCAUCUGUCAGUCAUAUGGCGGCGUGGUGGCCGGUGGGCGGAGUCUAGCAGCUGGGCUGCGGCCCAGGGGCGUGAGUCAGUAUAUAAGCCAAGGAGGCGGUAGUAAGAUGUCCGAGUGACAGCAGGCUGUCAGCCCAGAGAGUAAGGACGUGUUGUGUGUUUGACACGCGAGUCUCCUCACGCAGGACGACACCCAGAACUGUGCAGGCCCCUCAGGAGCUGGUGUAGUGCCGAGUGCGUAAUGGCCCUGGAGUUCGAGCGACAGCAACAAGUCGCUACAGCUACGCCGAACUCGCUAGUGUCUCCAGUCAUGGGCGCUCCUGCCCCCGUCAGCCCGGCGUUACCGCCCACCCCGCCCUCACACGACGCCCGUAGCCCACCCCCGCCCACACACGACGCCCGUAGUCCGCCCCCGCCCUCACCAAGACCCCAGCACGAGUCAAAAGUCCCUCACUCCCCGCCACCCACCGCCCCGAGUCCUCGCUCAUUACCCUUCAGCAUCGAAAACAUCCUUCGGCCGGACUUCGGUUUGACGCGACUCAACGAGCCGCCGACCAUCCGCACCCCAGAACUGCUGUUAAGGACGCCGCCCAAGAGCCCGGAAUCGCCGGUGGACCUGAGUCAGAGGUCCAGACCUCAGCACCACAAGAACGGAGGGAACAAGUACCCUGAGAACCCAGAGGCCCUGGCCAACCCUAAGGUCCCCGUCGACGACUCCAACAACUGGCCCGCCUGGGUCUACUGUACCAGAUACUCCGACAGACCUUCAUCAGGUCCCCGCUCCCGACGAAUCAAACGAAGAGAUCGUAACCCGGAGGAGAAGCGUCCCCGCACCGCCUUCACCUCCGAGCAACUGGCAAAGCUCAAGAAGGAGUUCGAAGAAAAUAAGUACCUUACGGAGAAGCGACGGCAAGACCUGGCCAGAGAACUCGGCCUCAAUGAAUCUCAGAUCAAGAUUUGGUUCCAGAACAAGCGAGCGAAGAUCAAGAAGGCAAGUGGGCAGAAGACGGGGCUGGCCGUCCAUCUGAUGGCUCAAGGACUUUAUAAUCAUUCCACCGUACCUGUCGAGGAGGAUGAUCCCUACCUCUGCUAGAGACCUCUCGUGCCAUUAAAGGUUGAAAUCUUGCGCUGGUGAGCGCUCAUGCAAGGAUGGCCAUGUAACUGCGGCUUAAGGGCUCCUUUGUCGGGGGCCAGUAGCAGUUAGUUUUGUAAGAAAUUAAGUGGCAGAGUUCUUGCGCGAGAUCGCCCAGUGUUGCAGAGAUCAAGGUGCGCUCGGCCCGAACAGUGCUUUGUCAUGAGGUUGUGUGGAUGCACAUGUCUUCCCACGACGUCUUCAGAACCCCUUGCUCGCCCACACACAAGAGAUGUCAACAUAUGGUGUAGCCGACGUGAGGCAUGGUAGCAGCACACUGUGGGCGUCACACGUGACAUGAGCUAUAAAAGGUUGUGUUGGGGCCUCAGCACCCCAGCUUCCCUGAUCCCUCGCAGCUCACUAUUGGGGUCCUCGUAGCAUCACAUUACUGACAACAGUGUCUACUCCAAGAGUCCUACAACUCUGAAAGAUUCCCCAAUCUUCUUUAUUAUCACACUUUUAUAUUUACCUGAGUUAUUAUUUGUGAUAAACCUUUCUCCUAAGCUCGCUUCUCACAAAAGUCUUCUAGAACCCCUAAAUAAUAAAUCUCUUAAUAUAGUAAAAGUAUUCUUACAAAUAUCCUCGCGAAACCUAAUUUAAAGUGUCAGAAGGUGCUUCCUAACACUCCCAUUCACAUUCCUAAUUCGAUGAAUCAACAUAUCAAGAGCAACACUUCAUUCCCAGCCUUAAGGGCACCUCCCUUCUGACAUACAUAACACCUGGAGCGUGGCUGUCUGAGGAACAUCUCGUUCGCAAGGGACCAGUCUUUCCCUGAAGACGACCUUCUUAUCAAUAUGACCCUGAAGGAUAGUACCCAGGGCCUGUCCUUCUCUGAAGAGGACCUCAUUUACACUAAUGCCAUUAAAGAUAGCACCCUGAGCCUGGGCGUUUAAACUACGAUCUUCAGGGACAGUAUAUCUAGCUCGGUCCUCUCAUGGCGAGUACUUCACACUAUCACCCUCAAGGACAGCUACCAGGGCCUGACUCCUGAGAAACACCACCUACUUCCCUCCUGAACCCCCCCUGGUGAUCCCCUCAUUCCACUCUGGCAUACCCUUCAGCGCGCAAGAAAACGUCAGUUGCAACAAUUGGACUGACUUGUGUUUAAAGUAGCUGAACUUCUUCUGAAGAGUACAAAUUAGAUUUUAAUUUACUAUGACAGUAAUAAGUCUCAGAUACUACCAUUCUAUGUUCCGUUCAUUUACCUCGUUCACAUAUAUUUUGUACAACUUUAAGGAUAUGAAGUCCUCAUCAAGUCACUUGUAUAUAUUGUAUAUUUAUCAGAUGUUUAUAUGUUGUAAAUACCCGUUUAAAUUAUUUAUAUGUAUGUGUUGUCGAAUAAACAAUCUUUUCUCUAU